UGAGGCGGUGGGAAGCUGUCGCCGGUGGCCAUCACCACCGUCGAGGCGCCUUCUCCUCCGGCAGUGACGAGCAUCUAUCAUUCAUUCAUGCCUUCUUAUUCUCUGGAUAGGUUUUGUUUGCGGUGCAGAAGUUUGAAACUCAUCCAAAGCAUGCUUUUUAUGUCAGUCCGUACUGCAUUAGCAACGAGUCGGCUUAUAUAUAUAUAUAUAUAUAUAUAUAUAUAUAUACACACAUAUAUAUUAAUUCAUACGUCGGUCGCAGAAGUAGUAACUCCAACCCAGCGACUCGCUCGCUUAAAGGCUAACUCUCCUCUGUGUCCUCCCUUCAACCAAAGCUUUACCGAGAAUGUGGAAGAGGAAGCUGCUUUCUCCAAUCUCUACGGCUCUGCGGCGGAGAUCGUUGCCAGCUCCGGCUUCUCAUCUCCCAAUCCAUUCCUCUUCACAGCUCGGCUCUUCUCGUUUGUCUUCUCGACGGGAAAUCCGGCGUCCUUCUGGCAGCGAGAGGUGUUAUCUUCUGGAGAAUCUCCACCUUGCUAGCAGGAGCUACUGUUCCCAGCCGGCCGAGGAUUCGGCCGCCAGAUGCUGGAAUUGUGGCUCUGCAGCUCAGAGUUCGCCGUUCCUGGCGUGCAACUCUUGCCGCAGCGUUCAGCCGGUGGACAGUUCCGUCGACUACUUCCAGAUAUUCGGAUUGGAGAAGAAGUACGAGAUUGACGGUAUCAAUUUAGAGGGCAAGUACAAAGACUGGCAGAAGAAGUUGCAUCCUGACCUUGUCCAUACAAAAUCUGAGCGAGAAAAAGAGUAUGCUGCUGAGCAAUCUGCUCGGGUAAUUGAUGCAUAUCGAACGCUUAGCAAUCCGCUGCCAAGAGCUAUAUAUGUUCUAAAGCUUGAAGGUGUAAAUGUUGAUGAAGAAGAAACAGUUUCAGAGCCAGAACUGUUGACUGAGAUACUUGAAAUUCGUGAAGCUGUAGAAGAGGCAGCUGACUCUCAGGCUUUAAACCAGAUCAGAUCUCAGAUGGAGGAGAAACUGAAACACUGGUCUAAGUCCUUUGCAAAUGCAAUUCAUUGCGGGAAACUUGAAGAUGCUCUAGUCUGUGUCAGGAGAAUGAAGUACUACACUCGUGUGAAUGAACAGAUCACAAAGAAGCUUUGACGUGGAAAGUUUAAAUUUUAAAGCCUCGCGGAAUUUCUGCACCCAAGCUCAUGCAAGACAUAGAUGAUGAAGAACUUGACAGCCUCAUGACAUUUCUGCACCCAAAAUCAUGCAAAGGUCAAUGAUCAACCGCUCGGGUUUUGGUCCGCUCACUUGAACAUAUGGUGCUUCAUUCUACUACUCAGACGUAACAGAUAUAUGGGCCGUCAGCCUUCGCUCGUACAGGUAGCACCACAGUUUUGACAGUAACAUCUUGUAUGCAUCUUUACUAGGCUGAGAAUAUUCUUUGUUUUCACAGUAACAUCUCGUAUGCAUUUACUAUGUUGAGGAUAAAUUCUUUCACGUACUCAGAAUCCAUACUUUCAGUUGUAUGGUUUUGCGUAUAGUUUUAGUUGUAUCUUUAUCCAGCAUUCAAUAUUUUACUUUGAAAAUAAAAAAUGUACAUCUCAUGUUA